AUGUCGCAGUACGGAAAAUGGCACGACUUCUGCCGUGACAGCGGGAGUGGACACGCAACCAUCCCAGUGUGCAACCUGUUUUCAGAGUCGCGAGCACGGGGAACAACACAAGAAUUCUAUCGAGGCUGCGAGCUCACGGGCAUAAGCUCGGGCGGCGAAGUGAAGGUUGCCAACCUGGUUAAUGCUGGAGUAGGGUCAAUAUUGAUUGCAUUCUUUGCAAUCCUGAUUUCAGCCUUCCUGCUAUGGAAGUCGGAUCGGAAAAAGGCUGCAGUCGGCAGAAGGGAGAUGCAAAUAUUCCUGAUUGGCUUUAUCAUCAUCGAGAUAUGUGAGAUCUUCACAGUCGGCGGCUUUCCUCUCAAUGGCGCAGUACGAAGAGCAUUCUCGGCAGCACACAUUGCGGCAGUCGUUGCGACACUAUGGAUCUUAAUGAUGAAUGGCGCUGUCGGCUACCAACUCAUUGACGACGGCACACCACUUUCGCUCGCGCUCAUAUUCGGCUCGGCCGUGGUUCUAUUCAUCGGCACUGGGUAUAUUGCACUCGACACUGGCUUCAGCUGGACCGGCUACUUCGAUGACACGCUUGCGGCUCCAAACCAAGCCUAUGCGCUGUACACUCUGUACCAGCUGGUGCCGAUUGUGUUCCUCUUCGUAUAUUUCGUGCUGCAGACGGUACUGGUCCUAAGAGUGCUGGGAGAAGUUCGACCGAUGUACUUCUUGGUCGCUGCAACACUUCUGUUCGUCAUCGGACAGAUCUUCCAGUACGUCGCCAGCGUGCAUAUUUGUAACGGGACCAACGGCAAAAUCAACGGCGGCCUAUUCGAGACUCUAUUCACACUUUUGGCCGUGAUCAUCAUCUGGGUGUUUUGGUCCAGCAUCACCGAAGACGACUGGCCGAUGCCACCGUCAACUGGCAGUACAUACACUUAG